AUGUCGCCGCAUGACAUCAGGUUGCGCCUCACCAUCAGACGGCAUGGCGUCCCCGAGGUGAAGCUCGUCUGGCCAUGUGCUCGUUCUGCAGACUUGAGCAUCGCCACACUCGUCAGCCAGGUCAAUGAAGUGGUCCCCCUCGAAAGCAGUGAUUGGGGCCUGGAGGACUAUACCGUUGAGCUGGCGGAUGACGGUAGCGGAAGCUACGAAUUCUUGCAUUUCCAGAUUGUCGGGCAGAUCUUGAAGGAUGAAGAUCACGUCGUGUUUGUCAACCUGCGUUAUUGCUUACUUCUAAGCAUCACCGGGGACGACCUUAGACGGCGCCGUCUCAGCGGACGACACCAGAUCUCCUCGGAUGGCAAACACCUCGUUGACGGAGUGGCCUUUGGGCGACCACGGCUGCGCGCACCACGCGAUCGGCCUGCUCUGGAGCUCCCUCCGCGGAAGAGAGCGCGAACUGAUCAACAGGAAACGGUGGAGCCUGAGCAGCCGCUCAUGCUCGAAGCACCGCCGGGACACGGAAAUGAAAACCACGAUGAGCGGGUGGAAAAUCAGCUCGGUUCCGACAGUGAAGACUUUGAGCCCUCUCAGAACGCAACGAGUGCGUCCAGCGCCAGCGCCAGCGCCAGCGGAGACGAAAGCUCGGACUAUCCCGCAGCGGAAUGUUGCUCAAAGUGGAAUGAUGGUCCCAUGGAGCGCCAAUUCGCCCUAAAAACGGCAUAUCCGUCUUUAUCGUUUGUGGCUAUCGAAACGGAGCUGCUGCGGCAGCGACAAGAUCUGAAAAAGACGUACGAUGCUUUGAAGCGCACGAUUACUCCGAGCCUGAAUUUUGGCGAGAUGCUGGAUUGGAUGGUCACAAGGCAAUUGGAGCAAAGCGAGGCUUCGCCAGUGCAGGAGCAGCCGCAGGACAUCUUCAACCGCCAACCACUCUCAAAGAAGCCACUUAUCGAGGAAAUUCCCAGUGAGCCUGAAGCAGAAAAGUCCAGCUCGGAUGAAGCUUCAUCAGAAGACUCGUCAGAUGAAGAAGACUCUUCGGAUCAAGAAGACUUGUCAAAAAAGGAGGAAGCCUUGUCGGAUGAAGAAGAAGACUCGUCAGAUGAAGAAGAAUCAUCGGAUGAAGAAGAAUCAUCGAAUGAAGAAGAAUCGUCGGAUGAAGAAGACUCGUCGGAUGAAGAAGACUCGUCGGAUGAAGAAGACUCGUCGGAUGAAGAAGACUCGUCGGACAUGAAAGACACGUCGGUUUACAAAGACCCCUCGGUCGAAGAUGACUCCAGCUCCGACGACAAUGAUACCGAGUCGGAUCACGGCAACAUAUCUGAAAGUAGCAAUGAUUCAAGCCAUGGUUCCAGCGGCAGUAGCUCAAGUGAUUCAGGAGAUGAGCCUCAGGUGGAAUCUGCGAAAGAAGCUCCACAGACUCGACCGGAGAGCGAACCGCAUCAAGGCCUUACAAGAACGCAAAAAAGGAACGCUCGGCGCCGGAAGAAGAAAGCUCUGGAUGCCCUGAAAGGCUCUAACCUCCUCUCCAGAGAUGCCGAGCUCCUGGCUCGGAAAGAGGCACUCCUCAAGUCCUUGACAAAGACCACUUCACCAGCAAAAAUCCAACAACCGGUGACUAACGGGGAGAAAGCCGAUGAGCCGCCGCAGGGUCCUCAGGAUGCGCCUUCAGCGACCCCAGAUCUGUCCUCGACUCAGCGGUCAAGUCGAGUGGAUAUAGGGGCAGGCAGAAGAAUGGUGUUCGGCGCGCUUGGGCUGAAGAAUCCCAAAUCGGAAGCGGACGAAGAGCGCAUCAAGCAGCAACUCAUGCAAGACAUAAGACCACGCAAUAAACCUCAGCCUGUUGAAGCUGUGGACAACAACAACAACAACAACAACAACACCCCCAAGGAGUCUGCUAAGCAAGAGGGCGACCCGGACGCGUGGAGAUGCAAGGUAACAUACCGAGCUGUUGAAUGCUGUCACGAGGGCAUGGUGCUGUCAGAGCCUCCUUUCCCCUUUGUGCAGCGAUGGGAUCCUCAGCAGCAGUAUGGGUCGAUGCGCAAACGGAAAAGGGCAUAUGAAGAAUACGCCGGCAACGACUAUGAGCAGGACGAGUCAUUCCAAGACGCGCCAGCCACAAGUGCCGAGGAAGAAGGACGCGAGGAUAUUGCCGAAGCCCAGAGUGCGGAACCCGCUUUCAACGAGGCCAAGGACCAUGUCGAGGACAAGCAAGACCUUCCCAAGCUGCCCGACGACGUGAGCAGCCUGGCAGUGCUGGAGAAGGGCGCUGCCAAGGAGGGCAUGGUUAUAACUUGGAAACGGAUCAUCAUGUCAAAAGCCACGCAGUGGCAGCCGGUCGUGGCACCAGCCACGGCAGAGGUACUGGCAGGUGGGUGCGAGUCCAGCUUGGAGGUGCGUCUCGCCUUUAGAGACCGGGAAUACAAGGACAAGGUGUUGGACGACAAGGGUCAGCGCGUCUACGACAAGUUUGAGGCGCCGGAUCUUGAAGAUGAGGACGAUGAGGACGAAGAUGAUGGCUGCAGGACCGUGUUGUGGGAGGAGAUGAUGGACCCAAGAAUUGUGGCGGCUACGUCGGCGUGGAAGGACGGCUGA